AAAUAAAUAAAUAAAAACCCUAAAAAGACCUGGUUUUUUUUUUUUUUUUUUGCUGGGGAAAAAAAAACCAGGUCCUAACAAUUGCGAGUUAGAGAUCUCAUUGCAUUCUCCUUUUCCGUUCUCGCAUUAUCUUUUUCAAAUUUGAUCUUGUUUUGGAGUUCGUAAUUCGAAUUUUUUCUCUGUCAAGGUUAUUCAAUCUCCUCGUCCAACAAUGAACGACCUUUUAAAGGAUUCAUUUGAGAUCCCUCGGGGUCACUCUUCUAGAAGUGGAGAUAUUGAGAUGGGAGGAAAUGCACCAAGCAAUUCUGGAGAUCUGGGACUGGAAGAUUUCUUCAAAAAGGUUCAAGAGAUUGAGAAACAAAAUGAGAAACUGGACAAGCUUCUUAAAAAGCUCCAGAAUGCACAUGAGGAGUCAAAGGCUGUGACCAAGGCUCCUGCCAUGAAAGCAAUUAAACAGCGAAUGGAAAAGGAUGUUGAUGAGGUUGGAAAAAUUGCCCGUUCCAUGAAGGGGAAAAUUGAAGAACUUGACAGAGAGAAUUUAUCUAAUAGGCAGAAGCCUGGGUGUGGAAAAGGUUCUGGAGUGGACCGAUCAAGAACAGCAACAACUCUUUCUUUGAAAAAGAAAUUGAAAGACAAGAUGGCUGAAUUUCAGAUUUUGAGAGAAACCAUUCAUCAAGAAUACCGGGAAGUUGUUGAGAGGCGUGUUUUUACAGUAACGGGGACACAAGCUGAUGAGGAGACAAUUGACAGAUUGAUUGAGACUGGAGAUAGUGAACAAAUAUUUCAGAAAGCAAUUCAGGAGCAAGGGCGAGGCCAGAUAAUGGACACUCUUGCUGAAAUUCAAGAGCGUCAUGAUGCUGUUAGAGAUUUGGAAAAGAAGCUCCUUGAGUUACAGCAGAUAUUUCUGGAUAUGGCAGUCUUGGUGGACGCACAGGGUGAGAUGCUCGACAAUAUCGAAUCCCAUGUCUCAAGUGCUGUAGAUCAUGUGCAAUCAGGGAAUACUGCUCUCCAAAAGGCAAAGAAACUACAGAAGAGCUCUAGGAAAUGGAUGUGCAUUGCCAUAAUCAUCCUUCUUAUAAUUGUUGCGAUCAUUGUUGUUGGUGUUCUCAAACCGUGGACUAGCAACAAGGGUGCAUAGCAAGCUUUUCCAUUUCUUAUGUAAAAAUGUAUCGAUCCUGCGCUGAAAUGUUCUUAGACAUCUCCCGGCAAUUGUUAAUUAUUUGAGGUCUUUGUUUCA